AUGGCCUUUCUCACGCUGUCCUUCGCAGCCUGCUGCUUGUGGAAUUCGAUCUGCCCAAGUAAUGGCAUCCCUGUCGCUUCUGAUCAAUCUCGCUCACUGAAAGGGAAGGCAUUGUUGCUGCCCAGGAGUCCCCCAAAGCGCCCCUCGGCGCCGUUUAUUCCUUGGGGUAGAGGGAUUUCUUUGGAGUGGCCGUGCGACGCUAACAACCCUGAAAAGCGCCUCCUGUGGAUGGUGGCGCAGCACAUCGGACAAGUGCAUUGUUACGAAGGCAGCGACGCGGACUUCACGAAGAGGCAGGCGCACAUCUUCACGGAGCCACGCCGGGCGGACGGCGGGAGCAGCUUCCUGUACCCGUACGCCCAAGACGCCAUGUGCGUCGUCGUCAAGAAGACUCCACCCCGGAGGCAAAACAUUGCGAUGACCUUCGCAGGCCCCGUCUGGCUGUUGCUUGCCGCCUCCUUGGCUACCUUCGCCCUCCUGCAGCAUCUGCUUGCGACCAAAGGG